AUGUACAUGAUAACAGUCUUGCAGGUUUUUGUGUGGGUUGUGUUGCUCUGGCCCUGUCUGCUUACCAAGAGCAUCUCACUCGACUGUAAAGAUGAACAGGGUAGCAUCUCUCGCUGCCCCUCCAUAUCCCAGGAGAAACUUCUGGAUCGAGUUAUCCAGCAUGCUGAGAUCAUCUAUCGCGUCUCUGAAGAAUCCUGCUCUUUGUUUGAAGAGUUGUUCAUCCCAUUUCCCAUGCGGCUCCAGAGGAACCAGGCGGGCUACGAGUGCAUAACCAAAGCCUUCGCAAUACCAAGUUCCAAGAGUGAAAUGCAGCAGAUCUCUGAUAAAUGGCUGCUCCACUCCGUGCUGAUGCUGGUGCAGUCAUGGAUCGAGCCAUUGGUCUACUUACAGUAUACAUUAGAUCGCUAUGAUGAUGCACCAGACAUGCUGCUCAACAAGACGAAGUGGAUGUCAGAAAAACUGUUGAGUCUGGAGCAAGGGGUUGAGGUCCUUAUUAGGAAGAUGUUGAGUGAGGGUACAUUGGCCGCAACCGACAGUGAACUUGGCAUAGCCCACGCUGACGUGCAGUCAGACAUGAUGGAAUCCGUUCUGAGAGACUACACCUUGCUCAACUGCUUCAAAAAAGACGCCCAUAAGAUGGAGGCCUUCCUCAAGCUUCUCAAGUGUCGCCAAACUGACAAAUACAACUGUGCAAUGUACUAG